AUGACAGCCACACCAAGUCUUUCGCUUACGCAGCAUGAACAAUGGCUAUGUACACUGCUUGACGAUACCUGUCGCUGGAUGACAGCGACGAACCCUUCUAUUGACGUGGACGGCACAGCUCAUCGCUUUCGCGAUAUGGCCCGGCCAAGCUCUUCUCCUACCCUUGCAUGCGAGGCCCGCGUGGCUGGUGGGUGGGUCCGUGACAAGCUCCUGGGCUUGCCGUCGCAUGACCUCGAUAUCUCCUUGUCGACGCUCACUGGCCACCACUUUGCUUUGUUUCUGCGCGAGUACCUACAGAGCGAUGCGUUUGGCACGACAUCGCUUGCGCAGGCUAUGGACAAGCAGUGGUCGCGCGAAGAGAGUAUUAGUCACAUCGGCAAGAUCGCCGCGAAUCCAGAGCAAAGCAAAAACUUGGAGACGGCCACAGCGCGUGUACUUGGCCUGGAUUUGGACUUUGUCAAUCUGCGGAAAGAGGAGUACGAGGGCACAAGUCGGAUUCCUGUCAUGUCGUUCGGGACACCCUUCGAAGAUGCGAUGCGGCGUGACAUUACUGUGAAUGCGAUGUUUUACAAUGUUCACACACAUCGUGUCGAAGACUGGACGGAGCAUGGGUGGGAAGAUUUGCAGGCAGGGCUGGUCCGAACUCCCUUGGAGCCCGUAUCGACAUUCCGUGAUGAUCCACUGCGUAUUUUGCGGUGCGUUCGGUUUGCGAGCCGAUUUCAUUACCGCAUUCACGAGGAUAUUCGGGCAACGUUGCGUGGGCAAGCGCAUGGCGCGCAGUCGUCGGAAGAAGCACAGGCCACGGCCCAAGAGUUGCGGGAUGCGCUCACAUGCAAAGUCAGUCGUGAGCGGUUUGGCAUCGAAGUGGACAAGAUGCUGUCCGGCCGCGAUCCCUUGCAUGCGCUGGAACUGCUGACAGAGUUGGAGCUUUACCGUGCCGUCUUCCUACCGCCUCCUCCGCACGACGAAACACUCUAUCUCUCGCACGAUCAGGGCACGAGCAAUGAAGGGCCUCUCCCUGCUCUCUCCCCCCAGGCCAUGCUUCGUGUCGCUGCGUGCUUGCACGGCAUUCUCCACCAAUGUGGCCCGUACGCGGACCUUUGGCGUCGUAUGCCUCGUGACUGGGUCGAUGCAUUCACUACGUCCGAACAUGCUGCUCCGAUGCAGCGUCUACUAUGGUAUGCUGUCGCUUUGUUGCCACUACAGCAUAUCUACUAUCGCGAGAAGAAAAAGGCCGUAUGGGCGGGCGUCUUGACCAUCGCCAGUGGCCUGAAGCUGGGGAAUCGGACGACCAAAGACCCGGUAUUGCAUCUUCAUACAGCCGCGCAGCUACUUUCACGUCCAUCCCUCGACCGAUUCCAACCUGCUCCAAUGACGACGAGGCGAUCAACCAUCGGGUUGUUGCUGCGCCAUGCGAGCAUUACCAACCCCACACUGUAUGUGGAGCUGUCCAUGACGCUGCUCUUUGCCAUGCUCAGUGACUUGGCGCCGUACUGCCACGACGGCCCUUUGGACAUUGUGCAAGCUGAACGCAUUGUCGACGAAUUUGCCACGUUCUGGACGUAUGUCGCGGAUGAAGAGCUGGCCCAGUUUGCGUCGGCCAAGCCGUUGCUGGAUGGUCGUCAAGUGGCGGACGUAUUGGGGUGCGAAAAACAUCUGAUUAGCCGGAUUCAACCCUAUGUAUUUGCCUGGCAAAUGGACCAUAUGGACCACCAUGCCUCCCAUGCCGAGCAUCAGGCCGCCUGCAUCGCUGAUUUGAAGCAUGCAUGGGACCAAGGGUACAUGGUGCCUGAAGAGGAGCGACAGCGCUUCGAUAAGCGCCAGAAAAAAUAG